AUGGCGGCCGCGAAAGCUGUUUAUGGGGGCGGAGCGUCGCCAUGGCAGCAGGAGAAGCCUUCGGAGCGGCUACUUAAAGCGGGUCCCCCGGCGGCGGGCGCUCAGAGAAGCGCCGAGGCCGGGCCCGACGGCGGCCUGGAGGAGCCCGACGCCCUGGACGACAGCCUGACCAGCCUGCAGUGGCUGCAGGAAUUCUCCAUCCUCAACGCCAAGGCCCCCACCCUGCCCCCGGGGGGCACCGACCCCCACGGCUACCACCUGGUGCCGGGCUCGGCCGCCCCGGGGUCCCCCCUGGCGGCGGACCCCGCCUGCCUGGGGCAGCCGCACACGCCAGGCAAGCCCACGUCGUCGUGCACGUCCCGGAGCUCGCCCUCGGGGCUGCAGGCUGCUCCCCCCGACGACGUGGACUAUGCCACCAACCCGAGCGUGAAGCCGCCCUACUCGUACGCCACGCUCAUCUGCAUGGCCAUGCAGGCCAGCAAGGCCACCAAGAUCACCCUGUCGGCCAUCUACAAGUGGAUCACCGACAACUUCUGCUACUUCCGCCAUGCUGAUCCCACCUGGCAGAAUUCCAUCCGCCACAACCUGUCCCUGAACAAGUGCUUCAUCAAAGUGCCCCGGGAGAAAGAUGAGCCCGGCAAGGGGGGCUUCUGGCGCAUCGACCCCCAGUAUGCCGAGCGCCUGCUCAGCGGGGCCUUCAAGAAGCGGCGGCUGACCCCGGUGCACAUCCACCCGGCCUUUGCCCGCCAGGCCGCGCAGAAGCCCAGCGCCGCCCCGUGGGCCGGGCCUCUGCCCGUGAACACCGAGGCCCAGCAGCUGCUGCGGGAGUUCGAGGAGGCCACCGGGGAGGUGGGUUGGGGUGUGGGCGAGGGCAGGCUCGGGCAUAAACGCAAACAGCCACUGCCCAAGCGGGUGGCCAAGGUCCCUCGGCCUCCCAGCACCCUGCUGCUGACCCAGGAGGAGCAGGGCGAGCUGGAACCCCUCAAAGGCAACUUUGACUGGGAGGCGGUCUUCCACGCCGGCGCUCUGGGCGGAGAGCUGGGCACGCUCGAGGCCCUGGAGCUGAGCCCACCGCUGAGCCCUGCCUCGCAUGGGGACGUGGACCUCACUGUCCAUGGCCACCACAUCGACUGCCCUGCGACCUGGGGGCCUUCGGUGGAGCAGGCUGCUGACAGCCUGGACUUCGACGAGACCUUCCUGGCUACGUCCUUCCUGCAGCACCCUUGGGACGAGAGUGGCAGUGGCUGCCUGCCCCCUGAGCCCCUCUUUGAGGCGGGGGAUGCCACCCUUGCUGCCGACCUGCAAGACUGGGCCAGUGUGGGCGCCUUCUUGUAAGAGGCCAGGCCCUGCCCCCACCUGUGGACAGCACCCAAGUCAGGGCCCAGACUGCCCCCAACACAGGCCCAUGGAACCAUACUGCCCAGACAGGGGCUGGGCCAAGUCCCCCGAGGCUGGCCCCACGAGGCCACACAUCCCCCAGCCUGGGCUGCCCUCAGAUUCCCGCCCAGGAGGCUGAGAACUGGGGCUCAGGACCAAUGAUUUGCUGCCUCCCCUCCC